UGAUUAUUAUUAAAAUUCGAUCCAUUAUCGAUAAUGAUACUUGUAACUGGACAAAAUAGGUUCAGAGGACAAGACGGUCCGCGUCUGGGGCCUGACUCUGGGCCUAGUCGUGGCGACUUUUAAGCACCAAGCGCCAGUCACAGCAGUGACUGCGAUGUUUGACGGUAGAAGGAUAGUCAGUUCAGACAGGGCUGGUUCCAUCCGUGUUUGGGCAGCUGACACAGGCACGCUGAUCCAAUCCGUCUGCGGUCCCGGUCGAUGCUUCACGGUCUCUUCAGACAUGAGGUACGCGGUGUGCGGCACGGGAGAUAAUCAACUGAGAAUAGUGGGCCUGGGUGCUGGGCCCGAGGAGAAGUACCAAGUGUCGCACUCCCAGGAAAUUACUUGCUUGGUCGUCACUCCCGAUUCUAGGUCGUUGAUCUCCGGCUCGAGGGACAUGAGCUUGAAAGUCUGGCAACUCGCUGGCGGGAAAUUAUCACAGGUCCCGCCCCCUUAUACAUAUUAAGGGGCCUUACCAGUGU